GUGAAUCAGUGAAAGCGGCCAAGCCCUCCCUGCAUCUCAUUACUGCUUUAAGCUUCUUGUAUUUUUCUUUAAACUUGAAGGAAUUGACGGCAGAAGCGCGGACGGAAGGACUUUGACAUAUGAAAGAAAACUGUGUAGCUGUUUCUUCAAAAGAGAUCAUUUUGGAGAAAAUGAAGAAAUAACACGAUUAUUUCCAGGCGCAUGCAGCGUGGCCAUGCUGAGAGAGCAGCCGCCGUGGGGCUAGGAUGUCUGACGAUGAAGAGGAACAGCUGAACGAGAGGAAGAGCGAAAGAGAGAUCUGCUUCACCAGUGAUGACAGUAGAGAUUAUGGAAGUGAUGAAGAAGGGUUUCAUGACCAGUCCCACAGCGCCCCCUUCAGCUCGGAGAAUGAGGCUCAGGGUGGCGAUCCGGCUGUGUGGCAGUGCACCCCUCCCCCAUCUACCUCGCCUUCGGCGGAGGCGCCGCACCACCCACCCACCUCGCAGUCCUUGUCCAGACCCCACUCGAGGCCGGCAAGCCAAAGCCACGCCCCUCCCUCCGCCCUGACGGGAACCAAGAAGAGGAGCUCCAAGCCAGCUCACAUGAGACGAAACAUCAGGAAAUUGUUGAGGGAACAUCAGUUAGAUGCAGUGACCAAAGUCGCCCAGCAGGAGGAGCUAGAGCGAAGGCAACGUCUGGAAGAGCAAAGGAAGCAGGAUUUUCCUCUACCUCUACUGCCUGAAUACACAACCGUUUCUGACUUACAUGUUGCAUUCUUCCUGUCCCCGUCCUCAGGCGAUGUUACUCAGCAUGUGCCCUCAUCGUCUGCAUCAGUGUCAUUCCAGCAAAAAGUAAAGUCCACCAGACAGGAUGCGAUGUUCUUGGAGUCCAGCAGCACGAGUAUCAGUGCAGAUAAAUGCAAGACUGACACACUCACCUCUGCAGCAACAGCGCAAACACAAAAAACAGAAAUAAUAGAUUUGAGGACAGAUGACUAUGACACUGUUGCUCAAGUCUCCAAAGAGGAAGAGGAGAGUGAGCCUAGUGGUGCACAUGCCAACGACACCCAGAACCAACCAGACGCCCAAGGCAGGGUUAUCGUCAACCUCAACCAUCCAGAGGCAGACGAGGACAUUUUCCUGUCGCCACAGCUGGCGCGAGCAGUCAAACCUCACCAGAUCGGCGGAAUCCGUUUCCUGUACGACAACUUGGUGGAGUCCCUGGAGCUCUUCAGCAACAGCAGCGGAUUUGGCUGCAUCCUGGCUCACAGCAUGGGCUUAGGCAAGACGCUUCAGGUCAUCUCCUUCAUUGACGUCUUGUUCAGGCACACUCAAACUCACACUGUGCUCGCCAUCGUACCGGUGAAUACACUGCAGAACUGGCUGUCAGAGUUCAACACAUGGGUCCCUCCUCCUGAAGCAUUACCUCCAGACACCGAUCCUACACUGGUCACACCGCGUGCAUUUAAAGUUCACAUCCUCAAUGACGAACACAAAAACACAGCGUCCAGGGCCAAGGUGGUGGAGGACUGGUCUCGGGAUGGUGGAGUCCUGCUGAUGGGUUACGAAAUGUACCGUCUCCUGUCUUUGAAGAAGAGCUUUGUGGCUGGGCGGAAGAAGAGGAGCAAAAAAACUGGAGGACCUGAUAUCAUAAACCUGGACGAAGAAGACAGACAACAGCAACUUCUAAAAGGUGUUGAGAAAGCCCUUUCCCGACCUGGUCCAGAUGUGGUGAUCUGUGAUGAAGGACAUCGCAUUAAGAACUGCCACGCCAGCACGUCUCAGGCCCUAAAGAACAUAAGAACCCGGCGGCGCGUAGUCUUGACCGGCUACCCGCUCCAGAACAAUCUCAUUGAGUACUGGUGCAUGGUCGACUUUGUCCGUCCCGACUUCCUAGGAACAAGACAGGAGUUCAGUAACAUGUUUGAGCGCCCCAUUCUUAAUGGACAGUGUGUGGACAGCACGCCUCAGGACAUCCAGCUGAUGAGGUACAGGAGCCACGUUCUCCACAGUCUGCUGGAAGGCUUUGUGCAGAGACGAGGCCACGAUGUCUUGAGGGACCAACUUCCCUCUAAGGACGAGCAUGUGAUCCUGGUGCGUCUGUCUCCCCUGCAGAGGGCACUCUACACCGAGUUCAUGAACCGCUUCAGAGAGGCAGGGAACACCGGCUGGCUCAGCCUCAACCCCCUGAAAGCUUUUUGUGUCUGCUGCAAGAUUUGGAAUCAUCCAGACGUGCUGUAUGAAGCUUUGCAGAAAGAAAACCUGGCAAGUGAGCAGGAUUUAGACCUUGACGACAUCACGUCCACCUCACAGGGCAGAUGUCCGACGGCAACACCGGCUCCAAAGUCAAAGAGUUUGGACAACCCGGAUCCAAUCUGUGGACUGAGUCUGAACCAGCUGCAGGAAAAAGCCAAUCAGGUCAUCACGUAUGAGUGGGCGAAAGAACUGAUGUGUGACUACAAGCCUGGCAUCCUGGAGAACUCGGCAAAGAUGGUGCUGCUGUUCCACCUGAUAGAGGAAAGUGUCAGGAAGGGAGACAAAAUCCUCGUGUUCAGUCAAAGUCUGUCCACACUUACCGUGAUCGAGGAUUUCUUGGCCAAGAGAUCAGUGCCUCCUUCACCAUAUCCAACCGACAAAGACCGACCCAACCAGAACUGGGUCCGCAAUCUCAACUACUACAGACUGGAUGGAAGCACGACAGCUUCAGAGAGAGAGAGACUGAUAAAUCAGUUCAAUGACCCGACCAAUACAUCAGCCUGGGUUUUCUUACUUUCAACCAGGGCUGGUUGUCUGGGUGUGAACCUGAUUGGAGCGAACCGAGUGGUGGUGUUUGACGCCUCCUGGAACCCCUGCCAUGACGCUCAGGCUGUGUGUCGCGUGUACCGCUACGGACAGCGGAAACAGUGUCACAUCUACCGUCUGGUGUGCGACUUCACUCUGGAGAAAAAGAUUUAUGAUCGUCAAAUCUCCAAGCAGGGAAUGUCUGACCGUGUUGUGGACGACCUGAACCCUGUGCUGAAUUUCACCAGGAGGGAAGUCGAGUCCCUUCUUCACUUUGUGGAGGAGGAACCGGAACCAUCCCAGGUCCGGCUGCUGACCGGAGAAAUCAGGGAGAGCGUUCUGCAGAGAGCUCUGCAUCUCUACUCCCACCUCAUCACCAAGCAACCCUUCCCCCAUGAGUCCCUCCUGAUAGACCGCAGGGAGCUAAAACUGAGCAGCGCUGAGAAGAAAGCCGCCAAGAAGGGCUAUGAGGAGGAGAAGAGGGCGUCUGUGCCGUACACACGCCCGUCCUACGCUCACUAUUACCCUGCCAGUGAUCAGAGCCUCACCAACAUCCCUGCUUUCAGCCAGAGGAACUGGCGCCCUCCCACUCGUACAGAGGACAAACCAGUGGCAAGCGUCCGGCCAGUUCAGUCUGCAUCAGCUCCCAUGAUGCCUCGCCAUGUGGCUGCGGGUUCAGGCCCAGACCGCGGCUCCUCUUCGUCCAGCCUCGGAGGCUUCCCUGUCAACUGCCUGCAAAAAGCCGGGGUGUUUGUGCAAAAGAUCGUCACUACCACUGACAUAGUGAUUCCAGGUACCAACAACUCAACAGACGUUCAGGCGAGGAUCAACGCCGGAGAAAGUAUCCAUGUUAUCAGGGGCACAAAAGGGACAUAUAUCAGGACAUCUGAUGGCCGAAUCUUUGCCAUUAGAGCAGCUAACAAGGCUAAGACCAUGGAUGAGAGUGUCGCAGAUCCUCCCAAAGACUCAAAGGCUCCAACUCAGGAAGUUUCCUCCGGUGGCAGCAAUGGUUGCAUAUCUCCUGACAGGAAACCGAAGGCACCCUCCAAGGCUGUGCCCCGCCCUCUUUCCCCCGACAGCCCAGAGAUCAUCAGCGAGCUGCAGCGCUACGCGGCCGGCUCGGGGUCCGACGCCGCAGACAGAGAAGCUGAGAGCGGCACCAAGGCCCCACCUUCUAACAAGCUGCCGCAGAAAAAUUGUGGCAGCACUUACUCUGGGGAAGCCUCGAGCCACCAUGAUGCCUCAGUCGCUAAUGUAACCCAGCCAAACGUGGACACCUGCGUUCCCCAGGAUUUGAGAAUAGGCAGCAAGCGUAAAGCCCCCAGCCCAUCGAUGGAGGAACGAGCCGGCAAGCAGCCGUACGCAGGAAAACACUCAUCUUUGCCCGGGUUCCCAUUCUCUGGGGGCUACGGCCUUCCCCCGAUGGGUCUCAACGCGGCCAUGUUGGGCGGUUCAGUGGGGCAUCCCCUAUUCAUGGGGUCGAGCUCACACUACUUCCAGCCACCCAACAGCCAGCUGGGCAACCCCGCUUACAUGUACCGAGACAUGUUCGGCUUGAGCGGAGCCAGCGCCGCCCCCUCUUCCUCAUCUCAGUCUUCGUCGACCACAGUGACGACUUCUGCCUCGUCAUCUCCUUCUGCGUCAGUCAGCGCCGCCGGUUCUCUUCCGGGAGCCCUCCCGCCGUACAUGUUGGGCCCCAGCUUGGCCGGGAUGCUCCCGCCAGGCUUCCCUCUGUCAUACAGUCCGUCUCUGGCUGGCCUGUACUCUGGGUCGAUGCUGCCAGGUCCAGCUGCCACCCCAGGUCCAGCCGGAGCCAGUUUCCUGUCUCAGUACCCCCAAACUGCCGCCUCCGGGUCCUCCUCGUCCUCCUCCCCCUCCUCGUUUUCCCCUUCAGCGCGCUCAGAAAGCCACCGCACCCCGGUUCUGGUGAACAGCGGGGAGGUCAGUGGCGGCAGCAGCUCCGAUGAUGAUGAUGAUGAUGAUGAUGCAAUUGAGAUGAUGGGACAGUAAGACAACUUUCAGUUUGACAUGUUCGUCAGACUGCAAUGUCCUCUGAGGGAGGAUGGACAAAGAAUUAAGGACAGUUAAGGUCUAAAAUCUUCAUUUUGGUCACCUGUAUUGCCUUGGAGGAACAACCUGAGGGGUGACUGAACAGACUGGAGACCGAGUGACAAAUGUUGAUGCUGAAUAUCAGAAUGUGAAGCAUUUAAAAAGAUCCAGAGGGUAUGAGGAGGGAGGGAUUUUAAAUUCUAUGGACUUUGAGCUUCCAGAUUUGUUUGUCCAAUCCUGGUAUUAAAAAGCUCAUCACUGGACUGAGAACUGCUGAGUGUGAGCCUAUAGUGACGACAAACGGCCAUUAGUUGAACUGUUAGAGAUUCUACAGUAGUUCUGCAGCUUUGCAAAAUGUGAAGACUCUUUGCUUACAGCUAAUCAAAAAGGCAGCCAGAAGCUGGAGUUUCUCUUUAUGUGAUAGUUGAGGUUUUCUUUAAGUGAGGUUUUGUUAAAAAGUUCAAACUUUUUUUGGUGUAUUUAAAGUAAAUGCAGAUCAGUUGGACCCAAAGCCUGAAACUAACAGCUAGUCUGUUAAGAGCCUUAGAACAACUCCACUCUAACACAGCAGUCCAUGUGAAGGCUCCGUUAUGAGUGCAAACUAUCAUUACACAGAUGCUAAUGAUUACAUAAACAGGAAAUUGAGGCUGGAGACUGUGCGCCACCAGUGAUCUUCCCGUGUGAAACGCACACUGAGAGUGGAACAUGUAUAGUGUCUCCAGUCAUAUUUUGAUAUUAAAAUUAAGAUUUUCAAGAAGAAAAAAUUUAACUGGAGUUUAAGUGGACAUUAUACAUUUUUGCACUGCCUUACCAUGUUUAUUAGGCAGUUACUCUGUCCAGAAACGUGGGCUUUCUCCUCCUCUGUUGCCACUCCGCCUCCUGUGCCCACGCCCUGUGUAAAUAAUUAGCGCAUCAUCACCAAGUUUAUUUCCUAGACCAUGAAGGCUUGGCAAUUGGAGUUUCUUUUAAGAUGGUGGAAGCCUGCUUUGGUCUGAGCUUCUUUCAGACUAGCCAUUAGCUUUAGCCUUUAGCCCAAGCUAAUCAGGAUUUUGACUAAAUGGAGACACCAGAGUUAACCGAGCUAGUAGGAGUCCAACCGCUUAAAACAUCAUAUCAGAGCCUCACUUUGAAAAUCCUGACCUAUCCCAUUAAAGAAAAAUGUCCUUCCAGCUGAGGCAGCUUGUAGUAAACGUGUUCAGUAAGUGAAACUUUUUGUCAUUUGUUGAAUACUGCUACUGAAUAUUUCCUUGAACAUCAAAAGAAAAUAUCAAACCAAACUCAGAAAAAAAAAAAGAGAAAAGGAUUGUUGCGCUAAAUACUUCACUGCCAGGACAGGAUGUCUUGUAUUUUUGUUUUUUCUUUUUAAAAGGUGAAAUGAUGUGUCAUCUUAAGGCCUGAUGAGGUUGGAAAACAUUUUACUGAAACUUAAAAAAACUCCAAUGAAAGAAGAAUGUACGAAUAAUCAAAUGCCUUCAUAUCGGGCCUUUUUCUGUCUGAAAAGAUUCCUUCUAUUUAGGCGUGGGGUGUGGGAUGAUUUUCUUUUCUUUGCUUUUUAUUAAUGUGUACUGUAUUUUUAUGUAAUCUACUUUUACAAAAAAGAAAAAAGAAAAACAAACAGGCGAUUGCCUAAAAGCAGGCAGGUGGAAAAAAAAAAAAAAAGCUAAUGAGGUGUCAUCCUUGUAGCGGAGAAACAACCAACAGAAGAUGCCUUUAUUUGCCUCCCAUCUUUCUGAAUGUUAGCUGUGAGAAAGAAGAGGUAAGGGGAGACUGAAUCUCACCCACAGUCUUACUGUAGCCUAGUUGAAAAAUGAUGCAAAACACUCACUAAAGCCUAAAUAUAUAUACUGAUACGACCCUAGGGGGCGCUGAGCUUCACAGCCUCCACCACUCCCUCAAAGCUUUGGUUACGCUGGUGUUACUGUGUUUGUGUCGGCGCCUCGUCUUUCUAAAGGUUACAAAAGGAAUCCUUUUCAAGAAGUGAAAAAUGCAAACUUCCGACGUCGAUACACGCGUUCACUCUGCUGCUUUGUUUUGUUUUUUCUCACUCAUCGUUUGUCUCCGUCUUGUUCUGUGAGCAGAGUUGAAAUGUAAAACUAAACUUCAUUUUGGAGAUAUUGUGUGGCUUUUCAAAAAAAUAAAAAAACAACAGCACAAACUCACCAGAAACCUCGAAAACAAAGAGGGUCGCAUCUUAGAGCAGGUAUCGAUUGCAGAGCAGAAGUUCACAAACAGCAUGGGCCGGUUAUCGGUAAUGAGGUGAUUCGAGAUAUUUAUAAACUUAGGGUUUCCAAACUUUAAAAAAUGUUUUGAAUUAAUCAUCUUACGGUGUAAAGCAGAAACGAUUUUAUUUAUUUAACUUUUGUUGUUUUGUUUGUUUUAUAAUUCACGAAUGGACAGGCAGUCAAAGCAAACGGAGAUUUUCAUUGACAAUUUAAAGUCUUCAUGAAAUAGAAGAUGUUACUUUUAGUAAUCGCAUAUUAUUUGUUUCAUCUCAAUUUUAUUGCACUUAAAACUGUGCUAUUCUUACUCAAGGUGUCCAACUAUGAGAAUCUCCUACCAGCCCAUGCCUAGUCUAUAGCAGCUAUGGUUGAGAAAUGCAUAUCCGCAGCAUACACUGUGCUCCUCUGUAAAACAGACAUUAAUCUGUGUACGUAGGUUAAAACAAACCUGACUUGUUUCUUUUCCCCAUAACUCAUCUUCAGCUUCAAAACCUAUCCGCUUUGAUCAACUGUAUGUUUGUAUGUUUCCCAGAACAGCAGCGGCUCCAGCUUUAAAAGCUACCAGCUCCUCACAUGAACACGAAACUCCAAACAUCAUCAGAGCAAGACUCAAGCAUUUCUUGUUAGCUUUUUUUUUUAUUCUUUAAUUGAUCCGUUCUUUAUUCUGAAAUGUUUACUCAUGCUUGUUUGUUUGUUUUUUUCUUGGCUCUUCUCAUUCGACAAGUUCUGAAAUAUUACCAAAUUUAAUUUAUUUAUGACUUUGAAUAUUUAUUCAUAUGUAUUUUUAUUUUUGUACAGCGUUUUCUUUUUCUUUUUUUUUGGUUUCCAUCUUCUUGAGAAUGUUUGUAAGAUUUUUAUGGUCCUUGUUAGUGUUGUUUUCCCGUUAGAUGCCUCAGACUUGUUGGAGGUUUUUGUUCGCUUAUGAUGAACCGAAAAAUGACCCAACAAAACAAUUACUGGACCAAAUGAUUACUGUGUUUGCUGAGCAAGAUCAAGAUCCAGGAUCUGAGAACAAACUGGCUACAUCUGAAAUACUGUGUGGAAUAAAUGUGGGAAAAAAAGGGGAAAAAAAUGGCUACAUAUAGGACAAAACUCUAAACACUACAUUUAGUAUUUGGACACACGCAAGUAUUCAAGUGGAUUUUAAGAGACAUUUGUCUGAAUUUAAACUUAUGUCCUGAAUCUAAAAAAUAAAAAAAACAGAAAAUCAGCAGGGGAAAGAAAGCAGCUUCACCAGAUGCUUUUCAUUCCCUAUUCCAUAUUUCACCACAUCUUAAGUUGUUUUGUUGUCCCAUGAUGCCAACGAGUUUCCUCUGUGAUUAACUUUCUGGCUCGGCUUUUGCUGUGAAGACUGACCUGCUUAAUAGUUUUACAGCUUUUUACUUGAAUUUACAUAUUUAUUAAUACGAAGCGGUUUGAGCGAGCAAGCUGAGCCGACUGUCUGAAUUCCAGUUUAGCCGAGGAGAAGGUAUAUCAAAAAAAAAAAAAAGAAAAAAAUGAAAAAUUGUCUCCUGACUUUAAGGAUGUUCUCUGUUCCAAGCCUGUUGAGCAGAUGAUCAGUGCUUCAUGAGAAUGGAUCACCGUUUUACAUGUUUUUGUUUGUUUCAUUUGACUUUGUAAAUAAAAGAAACAUGCUCUAAA